GUCUAAACGUCAUCGACGCCGAAUUCAGCGAACAAAAUAUCAGAAGCUUACUACCUCGAAAUUGUCUCAACGACAAACUCUCUCGAAAACUUGGACAUUGUGGUCAGUAGGGAGGGAAUUCUUGGAGAAGUUUUCAGGGAAAGCACGAGUUAGCUCAGCAACGCAACGAUCUACCAACUAUGACAUCGACAAUGGUCGGAAUAGACCAUCUGCUUCUUGGUACGCAAGAGCUCCUCCUCGCGAUUCCACACCUUAUACGUCCAAUUCUUCUCACGUUUGCUCUGUUCUUUGCUGUGUGUGUAUUUAUGUGCGCAGUCGCAUAUGCUUUUAUCGCCGUGAAGUCGAGUUUAUAUACGAUUGUCAAGGAUUCAGAUGAUAUCUGCUCGAAAUGGAUGAAGAAGAUUGUCGCUAGUGAUGAAUUUAUUGAGAUAGGAGUAUUGGGGUAUGUGUUUGUGGUUGCGUUCGGGUAG